AUGCAUACCUAUUAUUUGUCAAUUGUAUGUGUGCUGAUUGGACUUUCAGCAGUGGCGGCUGAUCCAUGUGGCGACUCGUCAUGGAGAUAUUUGCCGGCGACAAAUGGAUGUUACAAACUCAUCGAAGAAGAUUUGCCUUGGACGAUCGCCGAAUUCAAGUGUCUGUUCCAAGGUGGACAUCAUGUUUCGAUUGAUAGCUACGAGGAGAAUCAAUUUGUUCAUGAAAUUUCGCAUUGGACUGAGAUCUGGACCGGUGCUGCGUUCUUCGGCAGAGACAUGAGAUACGUGAACUCGGAUGGCUCCAAAUAUGGCAACUUUGAGAACUGGAAGGACGGCGUCAAGCCACCAAUGAACCGCGCCAGACGUUGCAUCAAGAUGGAUGCCAAUGGUGAAUGGUUCCAGUCGUGCUGCAAGAAGAAGACCUCCACGGUGUGCGAGAAGCGUGGAACCGGACAGGCUGUAACUACCACCCAGGCGCCAACCACCACAACAUACAGUAAUAACAUCGGAUUCCGAUUCCUUCGGCACCGCGCUUAA